GCCUGUGCUAACAUGGGUGGCUAUGACAAGUUUCUGCAGUUGUUUGAGGAAAUGAGGGAAUUUCGUGUUGAGCCUGAUGUUUUGACUUACAAUGUCAUGAUCAAGCUGUGUGCUAGAGCUAAUAGGAAGGAUCUAAUUGUGUAUGUCUUGGAGAUGAUUCUUGCAAAGGAUAUUCCUAUGUGUAUGACGACUUUGAACUCGGUCGUGGCGGCUUAUGUCGGGUUUGGAGAUUUGGAAACAGCUGAGAAGGUAGUUCAAGCAAUGAGGGAAGGGAAAAGAGAUCUUUGCAGGAUCCUCAGGGAUGGUAAUUUGGAUGAGAUCGAGGAUAUGGAAGAUUUGGAAGAAGAUGAAGACGAGGUAUUCAAGAAGUUGCUUCCUAAUUUGAAUGAAGAAAGUGAUUCGGAGCCACCAUUGUUACCAAAAGCCUAUUCUCCUAACUCGAGAAUUUACACAACUCUGAUGAAAGGGUAUAUGAAUGAGGGUCGAGUAGCUGACACGAUGCGCAUGCUCGAGGCGAUGAGACACCAGGAUGAUAGAUCCAGUCAUCCUGACCAUGUAUCAUACACGACUGUGGUUUCAGCUCUAGUAAAGACAGGGUCAAUGGACCGAGCCCGCCAAGUGCUAGCUGAAAUGACAAGAAUUGGGUGUCCUGCAAAUCGUAUUACCUACAAUAUUCUCCUAAAGGGUUAUUGCAGGUUGCUUCAGAUGGACAAGGCCAAGGAGCUGCUUAAGGAGAUGGUUGAUGGGGCAGGUAUUGAACCUGAUGUGGUUUCUUAUAACAUAUUGAUUGAUGGAUGCAUACUGGUCGACGAUAGUGCAGGAGCUCUUGCCUUCUUUAAUGAGAUGCGGUCGAAAGGAAUAGCACCCACCAAGGUUAGUUACACCACUCUGAUGAAAGCUUUUGCUCAGUCAGGUCAGCCAAAGCUGGCGAGGAAAGUAUUUGAUGAAAUGCUGAAUGAUCCUAGGGUGAAAGCUGAUAUAGUAGCCUGGAAUAUGUUGAUUGAAGGGUAUUGUAGACUAGGAUUGAUAGAAGAAGCAAAGCAAUUAGUUCAGAAAAUGAAAGAGAGUGGAUUUUUCCCAGAUGUUUCUACAUAUGGAAGUCUUGCCAAUGGAAUUUCUUUAGCUAGAAAACCAGGUGAAGCCCUUCUGCUAUGGAAUGAAGUAAAGGAGAGAUGUGCAGUGAAGGGAGGAAACAAGCCUGAUUCUUCGUCUCCCCCUCCCUUGAAACCAGAUGAAGGACUGUUGGAUACUCUGGCUGAUAUAUGUGUCCGGGCUGCUUUUUUUAGGAAGGCUUUAGAAAUUGUGGCUUGCAUGGAAGAGAAUGGGAUACCACCCAAUAAGACAAAGUACAGUAGAAUUUAUGUUGAAAUGCAUUCUAGGAUGUUUACUAGUAAACAUGCAUCAAAGGCCAGACAGGACAGAAGGAUUGAGAGGAAGAGAGCAGCAGAGGCUUUCAAGUUUUGGUUGGGUUUGCCCAAUUCUUAUUAUGGGAGUGAGUGGAGAUUGGAUCCCUUAGAUCGUGAUGAUUAAGGUUUCAGAUCAUUUCAACUGAUGGUCGGUCAUUCACUGUCUUCUACCUCAACUAUUCAGUAGGUCACUACAAUACAUUGUCAAGGACUCCAAUAGAAAAUAAUGGGAAAAAGUAAAGACGAAAAACUCAAAAUUUUUAUAGUGCAUAUGUGAUUUUGUAGAAGUUUUCUGAGGGAAGAUAAUACAUUGGGCUACAUAGUGCCAAAAAAAAGUGCUUAUAUGUAUAUGUUACCUGUGCGUGUCUAAACUAGUUUGUUACACUUGGUGACCAUCCUAAUUUGGCUAUAUGACCUGAAAGUUAUUUGAAUUUA